AGAAAAAUGAUGAUCUCUUUAUCAGUUGUUAUUUGUCAGUUUGUGUUUAGUUUGUAGGUUGCUUGAUUGUUGAUUUGUUUUUACAUGAAUACACAGUCCCCAUAUAUAUGCAGUCCCUCUACAAUCAUUCAUUAAUUAACAACUGCAUUAAUGGACAACAACAGCAACCACAGGAUGGAUCUAAUUGUCCGUUUUUAUUAUUGUCUCGUAAAAUGUCUCGUAUCUCUUCAACUGGUUUACAACAAGAUGUAGUUCCCGAUCGGCCAAUCGGUUAUGGUGCAUUUGGUGUAGUUUGGGCAGUAACCGAUCCUCGCGAUGGCAAGAGAGUGGCUCUCAAGAAAAUGCCCAAUGUCUUCCAAAAUAUAUUGUCCAGCAUCCGUGUCUAUAGAGAGAUUAAAAUGCUUCUCUUCUUCAAACAUGAGAAUGUUUUAUCAGCAUUAGAUUUUCUUCAGCCACCACAUAUCGACUUCUUCCAAGAAGUUUAUGUGAUUACAGAGUUAAUGCAAAGUGAUCUGCACAAAAUCAUAGUCUCAUCUCAACCUCUCACCUCGGAUCAUGUCAAAGUUUUUCUUUACCAGAUACUUCGAGGUCUUCGAUACCUCCAUUCUGCCAAUAUACUGCAUCGGGAUAUAAAACCUGGCAAUCUCCUGGUCAACAGUAACUGUUUGCUCAAAAUUUGUGAUUUCGGUCUGGCACGGGUAAAUGAAACGGACGCAUCUAAACGUAUGACACAAGAAGUUGUCACCCAAUAUUAUCGAGCACCCGAAUUAUUAACUGGUGCCAAUCAUUAUACCUUCAGUAUUGACAUUUGGUCUGUUGGUUGUAUAUUUGCCGAAUUAUUGGGGCGAAGAAUACUUUUUCAAGCUAAAACUCCACUUCAACAGCUUGAUCUGAUAACUGGCCUGCUGGGUACACCAACAUGUGAAGACAUGAGAUAUGCUUGUGAUGGCGCUAUUAAAUACAUACAAGGAAGACCUUACAAAGCUCCAUCCCUUAGCGCAUUAUAUACUUUAUCACCACAGGCAACCCAUGAAGCUGUUCAUCUUCUCAGUCAAAUGCUGAUUUUUAAUCCGGACAAACGGAUUUCUUGUACAAACGCUCUUUCACAUCCUUAUCUAGAUGAAGGAAGAUUACGUUAUCAUUCCUGUAUGUGCCGAUGUUGUCACACCGUUGGAGGUGUACGUCGUUAUGCAUCUGAUCUCGAACCUUUGGCACCAACUGUAUUUGAUGAUGGUUUUGAGAAAGGCCUUCAUUCAGUGCACCAGGUUAAAGACAAAUUACAUAAAACAAUUUUGGAAAAAUGUGGAAGUUACAAUAGAGUUCCUCUUUGUAUUAAUCCUAAUUCAGCAGCUUUUAAAAAUUUUGCAAGCUCUACUGUAGCUCAUCCAUCAGAACUGCCACCGUCUCCACAUCAAUGGGAAUGUGCAUAGGUGUCUUCAAUUAAAACUAAUUUUGAAUAUUUAGACAAUUUUCAUGUUUUUUUAUACACAAAGCAACAAGAAACAAGCAAACGAAUUACAUGCAGUGACCGCAAAAUGCAAAAGAAAGCGACAAACAAAUCAGAGCAAAGUAAGGAAAGGAAAAGAAAGGAAAGGAUUGGAAUGGAAAGGAAAGGAAAAAAACAAGAGAAGCAAAUUUUAAUUCAAUCCUGAAACUGGACCAACAAUCAGAUGGAUUUUAAGGCAUCCAAUAAAUUUAUGGAAAUGCAAUAUAAUGAUGAAAUUAGAAGAUAUUCAACAACAAUCGGCCAGUUUCUUCUCUUAACACAACUUUUUUUCUCUUAAAAUGGAUCAUCAUUUUUAUAUUUUCUUAAUCUCUUUAUAUAAUAACUUAAUCUCGUGUUACACACCAUACGUUUUCCUAGCGUUUAUUGAUCAAAUAAACCAUUAAUUCACUUGUACUUUACUUAACCAUUGAUUAACCUAACGAUUUUAGGCUUUUACUUGAUCUCAACACACAAUACAUCAUCCAUUUGAUUGAUCAAUAAAAAUUUAACUUUCUUAUCGAGGUUAACUCAGCCAUCUUAUUGAA